ACGGGACGAGAUCAUGUCGCGUCUGGGGUUAGUUGUUCGUGAUAGAGCGCAAGCGCAACACAGUAAAGCACGUUACCUGCACAUAGUCUUCUCGGUAAGCUACAGCUAUCCGGAUAAGAUGGGUGCAGGUUUCGUACAGUGUCUGUUCUAUCGUUUUACCACCAGAAACGUAUCUAUCUUAAGUAGCGCGUUGAGGGGUCAGGGCAAUUACCGCAAGCGACAGCAAUCGUACAAAGAAUUAUGGACGUACGCAGCAGAAUUGAUUCCUUCGGCGAUAAUGAGUUACUGCAAUCAGACACAAUCUAAUCGUAGGCAUAUGACGUCCAAUACGAUAUCAAAGAUGCCGCGAAGCAGGAGGCGUCACCGUACUCGCAGCCAUUCGAGGGCACGUUCACAUUCUGCGGGCUCUCUUCAGUACGAGCACAAAAAACGACGCAUCGAUUAUGAAAGUCCACAGAGCAAAGGAACGUAUAGGUGA